CCACCAAAAGCAGCUCCUUUUGCUCUCCACACACUCCGAGAAACCCGACCAGAGGUAUCGCCAGGGUUCUUCUUCCUUCGUCGGACUUCAAUCCGAGCGGAAGGCACCGAAUCUUGUUGCUCGCUUCGUCGCUCCUCUCAGAUCCGAAGCUUCGAAUCUCUUCCUCGCAGGUAGAUCAAAGCGUCGGAGAGGGGACAUGGGGAAAAACCAGGGAGUCAGGGUCCUUUUGGGCUUAACCUUCUCGUUCCUUUCCCUCCUCCUCCUGUACGCGUGGUAUUACUGUUAUCGGAGGAGAUUUUCGUCGAGGAGGAGCAAAGGCGGCUCCUUGGAGGACGGCGGUGGUGUUCGAUAUGGGGGAGAGGAGGAAUUGCAGGUGGAGGAGCUUAUCAAGUUCGCCGGAGGGGAGAGUUUGACGGCCCACGACAUCUUGGACGCGCCGGGGGAGGUGGUCGCCAAGUCGGGGUACGGGACGCUUUAUCGGGCUAGCAUUCAGAAGAGCAACUCGGUGGUGUUGCUCCGGUUCGUCCGGCCAGAUUGCGUUGGCCGGACCGAGGAGGUGCUGCCGGCAGUCCGGACGUUGGGAUCGGUCCGGCACCCGAAUCUGGUGCCGAUGAGGGCCAUGUAUGUGGGGCCGAGGGGGGAGAAGCUCUUUGUGCAUCCUUUCUAUGCUGCAGGGACUCUAGCACAGCUCCUGAGAGCUGGUGUUGCUGAAUCGCACAGAUGGGAUAUCAUCUACAAAUUAUCUUGUGGCAUCGCCGGGGGGCUGGAUCACCUGCACAAUGGGCAUGAGAAGACCAUAAUCCAUGGCAACCUCAAAUCGAACAACAUUUUACUCGAUGCUGAUUUCCAGCCUCGCCUCUCGGAUUUCGGUUUGCACAUCAUACUGAAUCCAGCUGAAACCCAGGAAAUGCUUGAAGCCUCAGCAGCUCAGGGCUACAAAGCCCCUGAACUGAUGAAGAUGAAAGAUGCCAGCAGGGAGACUGACGUCUACAGCUUGGGGAUCGUCUUGCUCGAAAUGCUCACUCAAAAGGAUCCCAUCAAUAACGAUUUCUUGCGAUCGAAGGAUCUUCAUCUGCCCUCGUCCUUGAGAAUUUUGGUUCUCGAGCAUAAAGUCUCUGAUGUGUUCACCUCGGAGCUCCUAAAGGAGAGUAUAAAUCAGAAUUCUAGUAAUGAAGAAGGUCUGGCGAUGCUCUUUCACCUGGCAAUGGCUUGUUGCUCUCCGUCGCCUACCAUGAGGCCAGACAUCAAAACAGUUAUCGGGCGGCUCGAAGACAUUGGUCGAUGAUGAUCAUCCAUCCUGGGAGUGGGAGUGAUGGUAGCUAGCAGUAGCAGUAGCAGUAGCAGUAGCAGUGGUACCAAUUAUUGUUGAUGGUGUGCUAACAGAGGAGACAAAACCUUAAAUUUGCAAAAGUAGAUUAGGACCCAUUUGAUGUCUCCUAUAGGUGACAGUUUGAUUGUGUUGUUGGCUUAGCAAAUUUGCAUCCCUUGUGACUUCUGGAUCAGAGAUCUCUGCGAGCGUGAGGAACAUGUGGUUGUUGGCAUGUGCAUUUGUUUGGUUACAGAGGAACCAUCAUGCAUGAUCGAUCCACAAGAGUUCCAGUCGAUAGAUACUCUGUCCGACAAUGUAUAGUCUUUCUUCCCUAAAGGGAUUGGGAAGAAACAUGUGGCCAGAUAGAUAGCCACAAGACAUGGACAAAUUUGAACUCUUGGAGAAGUUAACUAGUGGGAGCUCAUCUGAAUCCCCUUUUGGUUGUCGUCUCUCCACCACCGCGGAUUAGCAUGAGUUGGAGAUCCGUCUUAAGAAUAUGAAACCAGCAAAACCCAAUGCAAUCAAUCUAUAUCUCUCCUUGGAGACUCCCAGUCUGAUGCUUCUGGUCCUCGGUCCCCUACUGUUCUGUCGAUGCAUUGAAGAAGAAGAAAUCAUGUGAUUGGUGCGGUGCUUCUUUUAUCUUGCCUAUUAAAUGGAUUUGGCUAGAUGUGCAGGGACCUGAAACCUUCACUGCCACCUAAUUGUGGGGAUUGGUUUUGGAUGGUGUAACCUGUUGUUGGCAGACCUUCUUCACUGCCACCUAGUGAUGAGGAGUGUGGUUUUAAGUGGUGCAACCAGUUGCCAAGUACAGCAGCAGGUCUAAAGCACAUUGCAGGGACUCCCGUUGUUGCAAGGCAUUUGUGGAUUUCAUUCAUGUUUCCAAAUCCAAACCAGGCAUUGGGGAACCCACUCGGCACGCAUGAGAGAUGAGAAGAGUCAGAGAAGUCUUGCAGUGCCAGAACAUGGUCUCACCCUUGAUGUGAAUAUGAGAUGUUUAUCUCUAACAUGCAAUUGAACAAGGAUGGCUGUUCUCUAAAGAUUCUCUCUGACUUGCACAGACACAGAUCUGUCUCACCCAUCCCCAAAGUUUGUCCUCGAUGAUUCGUAUUAGAGUGGCACAGAACAUCGACUUCUCUUGCACUGUGUGCUGAUUCGAAACUGGACACUUUUUAUUGUAUUAAAUGUAAUCUUUAGAUGUUAAAUGAUGGCCUUAACUUUAUUCAAUACCUACCAUAAUCAUAUUCCAGCAUACUGGACAGACUUUAGACUGCUGCUCCAUACAAUAGCUAGAGCUUUCCACAUCUAAGAUGUUAAAUAUUGAGGAUUAAGUGGUCAUGAUAGGAAGGCACAUUACCCAUGUCAGGCCAUGGUUAGUAGAAUAAUGACAUCCUGGUUUAUUUUUCUCUUAGAAUGCCAUUCUAAUAAUCUCUGAAUCCCUGUUGUUGGUGUCUGUGGCCUACGCUUCUUCGCCUCGGCUCGAGCAUGAACGAUAAUGACGGGGAUGGUCGUCGAAGCAGAGUCUUUCGCCCCCCCCCUCUUUCUGCUGGUGUUACGGUUGAGGAGGAGGAUGAGGACUCUGAUUUCACUUCAAAUUUGCAUCAUCAUAUCAUAUAUGAUCAAGUGGAUCGCCGCUAAUAAAAACACGAGUGACUAAUCCAUGGGCUGGAUCCGGCUUAUGUGAGCUCUUGAUCAUGCCGAGGAGAGAACCAUGGGCCUCGAAGACAUUAUUGCUCUGUGGAUUAUUGGAUUGAAGGGAACUUUGAAGAUGGAAUUCACUGCACUUAGUUUUAGCAUAAAUAAAAGUAUCAUAGAAUUGCUUUAGAACGGUGCCGGAUUUUUCUCCAUUUCUUGAGAUAUUACACAUGACCUACCUAAUUACUUUUGAUCUUUGUCAGUUUUGCAAAUGAGAAUGAUCUGUUUGAGAUGUUCCACUUCCAAGGAUUCUUCAGCUACAGUCUUCAACUUCCCCUCAAGUUCAUGAUAGAACAUAAUGUCUACUGAUGUAGUAGGAUGCUGCUAUCAAGUUCAGAUUGGCAUCACUUUCCUCCUCACAAAGUGAAAUCAUCAAAAGCUAGAUACCCCAACAAGAGGCUGAAAUGAAGCCCUUUUUUUAAGCUUUCUAGGAGAAUAAAGUCAUAGAAGAGUGUCCCCAUCAUCAAGUUGCGCAACAGGUGUUCGACUGAGUGCCACUGAGCCCAACCGAGGAAGAGAGCGAGUCCGGCAGGCACCGAGUUGUCCGAGGGGCACGCCCGGCCCAAAAGCUCUCUCGCUCUCCGAGUCUCACGAAGCAGGCGUGAGAGAAGAAAGGCUGUCUGUCGGUGGUGGCCUCAUCUGCUCCCCUCCUCAAACCCCACACUCGUUCCAGGCUUCACUUGAUCCAGCAGGUCCAUCACCUCGAGAUUUCCCAGACCUCUUCCCUCUUCUCAUCAUUCCAAUUUGAUCUCAAAGCUGCCUUCUUUCCUGGGUCGAUGAUGUGCUGCUGAAGGAACAGAGAUGACGAAGAAAAGAGGCCCUUCCUUUCGUAGUACCUCUUCCAUUCGAUCCUCUGCUUACUGUGUAGAGCAAUGUCUCCUCAAGAAGAACCAUACUUGUGAUUUCACCCGAGUAACACAUCGAACGACUCUUUGACUGCAGAUCCCAUCAGCGGAAGUGGUGGUAAUAAUGAUUCCAAGUGAGGUAGGGACAGGAUAAGAGCUUGGUUUCUGGGUCACCUUUACUUCCAUCAACAACAGGCCUUCUUGCGCUGCUGCAAAUUGCACAUGAUGAUGAUGAUGGUGAUGGUGAUGGUGAUGGUGCUUUUGUUGCCGACUCAGUGGGUGACUCCAAAAUCUCUCUUCACCAUCAUUCCUCUCGGUUAAUCCAGCAAGAAUGCUGCUGAGCAUUGAAGUUUUGCCUUUCAUCUCUCUCUCUCCACAGAAACACUAGGGCUAUGUAUGAGAAGGCAUUCUCUUUGUUGGAUCUUGAAUGUCAAAGAUUAACUAUAAUUAAACUAUA